UACAGGUUAUUUGACAGACUGUCAAGAUGGUUGAGAAGAUGCUGCUGGAAUUGUCGUCGUUGGAAAAGUGUCUGGGCUUGAAAAAGACAAACAAAUACAGCACCCAAGGAGACAAGGCUUGGUUUGCUUUUUUACAACAGGUUCCAGUUCUUCAGACAAAUAAUGGACCGAGUUUAAUGGGACUGACAACCAUUGCUAUUCACCUAGUGCAAGAAGCUCAACAGAACCAGCUGCUGGGAAGAACAGCAGAAGAGAAGGCAAUUGUGCAGCAAUGGUUAGAAUACAGAGUAACCCAGAUAGAUGGCCACCGUGGUAAAGAUGAGACCAGAACUAUACUCAAGGAUCUUAACCAGUAUCUUGAAGAUAAAGUGUACCUGGCGGGAGAUAACUUCACUUUAGCAGACAUUUUAGUUUACUAUGGACUUCAUCCUAUUAUGACUGAGCUUUCUGUCCAGGAGAAGGAGAAGUAUGUAAAUGUGUCCCGGUGGUUUAACCACAUUCAGCAUUACCCAGGCAUCCGUCAGCAUUUGCAUCCUGUAGUGGUGCUGAAGAACCGGCUCUACACCAGUGGACACUAGGAGAAACUUGUCAUAUGCAUUAUUUUAAACAAGAAAACAGAUAAUGCAAAACUGGAAAUACUUGACUUGAAUAAAUCUGUGGCGUAAUUCAAAUAUGUAUAGCUGGGGAAUCAAAGUAUAUGACCUCUGAAGGCCACUGAGACUUUGUGGCAUUAUUAAAACAAAAAUUACAAAGUGGAACUUUAAAGAAACUGAAUUAUCAUUGGGGUGGUGGUAGUCUUGUUUAAAGUGGCGGUAUAUUUAUUUAAUGGUGGAAUACAACUGUAAAACUAAUAAUAAUAUUAAUAAUAGACAGUUAAAUAUACAUAGCAUUUGUAGUCCUUAGCUGAAGGUAUAGGCAAAAAAAAACAAUUUAAUUAUCUUUAGGUAAUUGGUUCAAAGACUAGUAUUUUGUCUUUGCUUCAGCAUAUGCGUCCAUAUUUGUCCAUCCAUUAUUGUAAGAGAAAAUAAAUGUCUUAAGUAUGUCUGGGGUCCUCUUGUUAUAACCAUUUUAUUAAAAUCAUUCAAUGAGCCUUCUGAUCAUCAAAUGUUUGCUGUUCUAUUUUUAUGUUAUAAAUGGAUACAGAUUGUGCCAAUAAAAAGUUAAAAAAAAAAAAAAAAAAAAAAAAAAAGUGUAAUGAGUGAAGCCUAAGGGUUACACAGUUAUAUUUACUAUAUCAGUUAUAAUCUUGCACUUAGUGGUGUGCUUUUGAGUGUACUGACCAUAUUCUGACCAAGACCCCAUUCACACGAUUUAAGGCACCCUUUUCUCAUAUAUGAACGCUCCAAAAAAGAAAAGGCAGCCCAGGGCCGGUCUGGAUUUAGGCUGCCGUUUCAGUGUGGCCCUGGGCCUGCAGUCUGGGACCAGGGCUGUCCUUUACAUAUGUAUGAACGCAAAGCAGACUUAGGCCGCCUUUUUGUGUCACAUUACCAAUUUGAUGUUCUAUGAUAACGGAAAAAUGUGGAUUUUCUGCAAUUGCGGAGAAUUUUUUGGGUUUUACAUUUGAGGAGGGGCAAAAAACAUGCAAGGCUUUUUUUGUUUGUUUGAUAAUAAUCAAAUCAAUGCACGUACCAUAUGUAAACAUUAACACAGGCAACUUUUCUUUAAAUUUACGUAAACAUACCUGUCUAAUAAAACUGCUUCCGUUAUUCAAGUUCAGUGUUGAAUGAGGCUUCGGUUUACUUUUCAGUAUCCAGAGAUGUUCAAAAAUGACGAAAACAAUAACAAUCACACCUAAAGAUAGGAUCAACGAGUUUGGCAAGUACGAAUUUCACAUUGAUGGUAAUGUGCUGUUUUGUACUUCAUGCAGCAAGACUGUAGAUUACACACGUAGGCAGACGAUUGUAUAAUGGGAAGCGCUAAACAUAAUUUGAAUGAAAUGAAACGUAAACAGCAGCAAAGUUGGGAUUAUUUUCUGUGCUCAACGUCAGCGUCCUCAUGUCAAUCUGGCUGGAGUGCUGCAGUUCUAUUUUACAAUAGCCAACUGGAUGACAAAGACAAAGUUGAACCAACAAGAUUUAUUUAUUUAUUUUUUUAAAAGCAAGGAACUAUUUGUAAUAUUUGAAGUUUAAAAAAAAAAAAAGU